AUGCGCGUUGCCAACAAAGCGAUAAAGAGAGAACGACGCAUCACACCCACUAUCGAUGACCUUAUUAACGACUUAAAUGGAGCAACUGUUUUCUCCAAGCUUGAUCUAAACCAAGGCUACCACCAGCUAGAACUUGCGCCUGAAUCACGGUACAUAACAACAUUUUCUACACACAAAGGUCUGCGACGCUACACAAGAUUGCCUUUUGGAGUUAGCUCAGCAGCGGAAGUGUUUCAAGCAACCAUACAGCAAAUCCUCGAGGGCAUACCAGAAGCACGAAACAUAAGUGAUGAUAUUAUCAUAUAUGACGGCGAUCAGGAGUCACAUAACCAUGCUGUGGAAGCAGUCCUCCAACGCCUGCAUGCAAGAAAUGAACUUAACCCUCAACCCGACUAA